UCUGGUUUAAGUGUGUCAGCCUUGUUCUACUGUUCCAGUCUGCUGCUGCUUAGUCAGAGGCUGCACUGAAGCCGAUCUGGCAAAUCCACCAGCAGUUUUUCCAAGUUUCACGGUGGAGUUGUCAGCCACCAUCCCACACCACAGGUCAAAAAUCAUUCACCAUGAAAACGAAGAGGAAAUAGCACCACUGAAGUGCUUUCCAUCAGAUGUCUCCAAGCGAAUAUAUUUUCCACAAUGUGCUCGGGAUAACUUGUUAAGGAGAGCUGGCAGGAUUUUGGUCUGUAUGAAAGUAUAUCGUAUAAAGUUGCAAUGGAUGAAUAUGCCACACGGACAUAUGGCACAAGUGUACAAGACAACAGGCCCUUAUUUGGGGAGACAUCAGCGAGGGAUCGAAUUAUCAACAUUGUUUUAGGUGUCCUCACUUCACUGUUGCUGAUAGUAACGAUUAUUAGUGCUUUUGUUUUCCCUCAAUUACCUCCAAAGCCACUGAAUAUUUUCUUUGUUGUCUGCAUAGUACUGAGUUGCAUCUCAAUUGCUGUUCUUAUUUGCUGGUAUCGGCAAGGAGACUUGGAACCUAAAUUCCGAAAUCUCAUCUACUACAGUUUAUUUUCCAACAUCCUGCUGUGCAUAUGUGCCAACUUGUACUUCCAUGAUGUUGGUAAAUGAUUUCACCCCACGAGUGAGAGAAUUCAUGUCUGUGACCUGCUUAAAAUUAGGGGCAUCACACAGAGAUUCCUGGAUGCUUCAUGGGGAUUUCUGGCCUGCACUGCGAGACCAUGUUUUGUAUAGGUGGAGCGAGUUUCUACAUCAGCUUCAUAUUGUAACACUGAACUUGAAGCAUCCUUGGUGCAGGCAGUAUUGUUUGAGCUGGGGUAAAUGCUACAAACAUUUUCUGAAGUAACUUUUAAAACUUUGCACUAAAUGAACAUUCCAGACUUGCCAAUGUUUUGAGAUACACACAUUCUCUUUUUGUAAAGCGUGUUUUUUUUUCUCUCCAGAAAAUCUUUUUUAAUUAUAUAAAGCACUUGAAGGACAAUGAUCUGUUUAAACAAAGUAUAAAACAAGGUAGAAAUAAAGAUACUGCAAGACGAAUGUUUAUUUUGUCUUAAGUAAUGAACUGAUUGCACUAUGCAACCACUUAACUCUACUGAGUUUGUACAAUGAAAUGAUAUAGCCAAACCAAGACUGAACUGGUACUAGACACCACAACUGUAAGAAAGCAUUUACUUUGUUUUAAAGAAUAAAUAGUAAUAAAAUAAUUUAUA